CUCAUCUUCAUCAACGCCAACACCAGAUGGAUCAUCACACAUGCCUGAUAAAUCGGUGAAACUCAACCCCGCCGCCAACACUUUUCUAGGCGAACCGUUCGAACUCAGACCCCUUAUCAGCGAGAUUUUACGCACCAAGUAUUGUGUCCCUGGAAGCGUCUUUCUUGUCGAGGGCGUCGAUCGUGUUUCUAUCUCAAGAUCGGGACGAUGGCAGGUCAUUCGACUUGUUCUUGGUGACGGGGAGGUUUGUAUUCAGGCGAUACUGGCGCCUGAUAUGCAUCGCUUUGUCACCACAGGGGAUAUCGCCUUGGGGGCUUAUGUUCGGUGUGAGAAGUUCGACGUGAAGUGGAAGGACGUUGGUGAACAGAGCAUGGUGAUGCUGAUGGUGCGAGACCUGAUCACUGUUGGUUGGAAUGAAUCAUAUCGAGCGCUUUGGAAGAAAGAUGAACUUCUACCCAAACAAGUUCCGGCACCAGCACUUCAAGCAAAGACAGCGCCUCAGCCAGAGGUCAAGCCGGCUCACGAUCAACCCGAACUUCCAAAGGGACCCCCCAAGCCAACUUUCGAAGAUUAUUCGGAGUUUGAUGAUGUCGACGAAGCAGCCGCCGAAGAAGCAUUCGAAGCCUUCGAGAGACUUAUGAAUGCCACCAGACCCACGACACCCCAAAAGGCGCCUCCACCACAGAAGAUUGAGUCUCCACGAAAGAUUGAGGCAGUGCAGAAGCCACAGACACCGAAGAAGGCAGAACCUUCACGGAAACCACGAACACCACAAAAGACAGAAACUCUACAGAAGCCACAAACACCACAAAAGACUGAGAUAACCCAAGACACACCAACGUCCCACCAACCAAUCGCCCUUCCCCGCGACUGGCACAAUCCCCAAACACCCCUCAAACUCACCAUCCUCCGCCAAAUCCCCCACCUGCCCUACGCCCAAAACUGGUCCUGCAACGUCCUCGCCAUAGUCUCGUACCUGUCAGCAGUUGAACCCUCGAGUCUUCCACCCUACCGACAGCGAAUAGCACGCCUCGCAGACCCGUCUACAUCAAAGCAGGUACACCUAACAGUCUUUUUGGAUCCGGAAGCGUUCACUCCCCGUGUUGGGAGUGCAGUUCUUCUUGUGGGUGUGAAGAACCAUCGGUUUGAUGGGGGCAGUUUGAAGAUGUAUGAGAGUGAUCGGAAGAAUGGACGGUGGUGGUUUGAGAAUCCUGUUGAGAUGGAGUGGUGUGAUGUUGAGGGGAUUAAUGAUUGGUGGGCGCAAGUGUCUGCAGCUACACAGGGUCGACGUUAGUACCGUUAGAUGAACUAGUCCCGCAAAUAUUGUUGCGUUCUCUCAUUUCGGUAUUUGGCAUGUUAGCAUAAAUAAGACCUGGCACUGAGGAUAUCACGAAUCAAGAAAUAGUGGAAU